CUUGGGAACUUUUGAAUCCUUUAACCACUCAUCGGUCUCAAACUCAGCUCUUUCCAGGACUGUAAAAGCUAUAAAGAACACAGACUCACUGUCGAUCAAGCAGUAACUCGUGCCUUUUCUCUUCCUCAGUUUCCUUUUCUCUUGUUCCCUCUCACCUUCCCACCAACACUCACACGCCACCACCACCACCCUCACUACUGCCGCCGCCCUAUUUGAAACUAUCAUCUGAGGAGAUGUUGGCAGCAAUUAAUAUUACCAUCACUAUCAUCACAGCAACGACCACCACCAUCACCACCACAACAACAGAAACAACACUACAACUGCUGCUGCUUCUAGUGCCACCUAUAUUCUCGAUAUAAUACCAAUAUAAACAUUUAGAUGUCCUUUCACUAUCAGCUGUUCUUGCACCGCACUGCCUUUUCAUGUACGGUGCUUACGUAUAUUUCCUUCUUGCUUACUCAAGCUGUCCUAUACGAAAGUGUUCACACACACACACAGAGAACUAUAAAGCCAUUCGUAUUAAUUUAAAAGUACAUAAACAUGUUUGUUUUCUGAAGCAUGUUUAAAAAAUGUUAAACUUUUCCUGUCAUCUAGUCGGUCUUAGAGGGCAUGAAUUUGACUUGUGUUUGGGUGUCAGGCCACGAAUUUCGUUUAAGGAACUUCAUGGUCCGUCCUCUUAACAGUUAAAAAAGGAAAAUAUGAGAUGAACAUCCAAACGUAAAAAUAACCCCAGGAAGAAGCAACUAAUAAAUUUUAAAAAAUCGUAGUUCAAAUUCUCAAAGAUAUGGCAUCAUUGGUCCCUGCUCUGAUGACGCCACAUAGUACGACACACAAGGAACUGCUCUGACACUACUAAAUAAACCUGCAUGAAUAUUGUGUAGAUACUAAAACAUCCUGCUAUGCCUCUUUUAUUGAUAGAAAUGCAUAUGAAUAAAAUAUAAUUAUCGCAUAAUGUACGUAUACAAGAUCUGAUAAGAUAUGAAUGAAUUAGGGGAGGAUAGCAGCAUAUCAAGUCACUUCCAUACGAGGCCUCGAGGCGGCAACAGUGUGUCACACUUACGGGACGCGCGGUCUUCUUCUUCCGUCAAUUAUAUGAUUUUUCUCUUUUUCUUUUCGCGAGUAAACCAUGGCCAUCGUUUUGUGAAAUGUGUUACAAACAGCUUCAUUGUGAGAUAUUGAGUGAUGUGAUGCCUCUUCUCAAGGCCGCUUGAGCCAGGCGGCCUCGACCCUACUGUUCUUGACAUGAAGCGUGUGUGUGCACCACCCAGUAGUGGAGAGACGCAGAGGACAUCGUUAAUAGCAAAGGCAGUGAGGACAACACUGGUGUUGGUGACGGUAGUGGUGUUGACGGGACUUCCGGUGACACGCGGGCAGAAUCUCACCCUUCAACAUGAACUUUUUCCAAACCCAGAUGACCAGCACAGUGAAAAGACAAACGCAUCCCAUCGGCAAGGUUAUGAGGCAAAGUACUUCAAAUGUCGAUGUGAGGGAAAUCAGGCGUGGAACGGUUCUGACUGCGUGGACACACUGACCAGAGUGGUAGUGACGAACCCUGACACUGGCAUCACUCAGACGUCCUUGACGGAUGAUUUUGCCGGAGUAACGGUGAAAAAUGUGGUCUGUCCCCGGGAUUAUGUAAAAAUGUACUUUGGUCUUAAUAGUGACCCAGCACACCAGUUCACUCUCCUUCCAAAGGGAACCCUGUCGUGGCACCAGCGAGAAUAUGAACACUACUGCAUCGACCACGUACUCAACGCUGAAGGCGUCCCCAUUACUUGGGAGGCUCGUGUGUGCGUCCCGCCGCCAGCAGUGCCCCGCUGCUGUCUCGACGCACAAGAUGGCUCAUUCCCCUGCGGUGAUGAUUUUACACACGAUUUCUCACCGCCCAUCAAGAUAGACGAAACGUUUGUAAACUGGCCUGAAGUAACAACUGUGGCUGGGCGAAAGUGUGAGCAAAACGAGAAAAAGAUCACCCUCCCUCUUAACACAGGCAAAAGCCACCUCUUCUACGAAUCAGGUGCAGUGUCUGUAGCUUGGACAACGUCUUACUUUUUAAAGGAAACACAGCAGGAAGGAUUCUGUGUGAGGGGUGACGAACGAGGUGGUUAUGUGGCCACCAUCUGUCACGAGGACCAGGCAGCCGUUCAUCAAAACUCGUGCGGAAACGUGACCUGUGUGCGGAAGUGUUGUCCCGAGGGACAAAUUCAUUCUGAAGGAACAGACUGUCUCCCUGUGAAACAUGAAAGCCACCUCUGGAAGCCAAACUUUGUUGACGCAGAUCUUCGAACCAGUGCCACGCCCCUGGAUAAUCUGACCAUCUUGUACGGACGGCCUCAGUGCUCUCUCUACCUGGCUGACCCUUCAGAAAACGAGAACGACAAAUUUUAUCUUUUUGAAAAUGGAGAUUUGUUCAGCCCCGCCAGUAAUGAUCGAGAUCCUCCCACCCGUUACUGUGUCGACAACUUCGUAACCGCCGACAAUACGAUCGUCACGAAAGCACUUAUAUGCUUUGCUGAGGUGGAGAUGAAUGCGGAACCCGUGUGCACUAACGCAAAGCAUACCGUGUAUCCUGCACUCUUGCUGGUGUCAACCGUAUUCUUGGGCAUCACUUUGUUCAUCUACCUCAGCGUGCCUGAUCUGCGGGGUAAAUUACACGGUCGCUGCCUCAUCUCCCUCGCUUCCGCUUUCUUUGUGGCCUUCUUAUUGAUGUCCAUUUCUUAUCUGACCAACACGCCGAUGUCCCCAGGAAUAUGUACUACUAUAGCCUUCUUCAAGCACCUGAGUCUGCUCGCUGCCUUCUUCUGGCUCAACGUCAUGUGCUUCGACAUCUGGAGGACUCUCAGAAAAACACGAACGGUAACGGCGGGGCGGCAGAGUCUGUACCGCUUCUUGUGGUACUCCCUGUACGCGUGGGGCAGCGCGCUGGUCAUCGCCCUGGUGGCCGUGGUGUUGGAGCAGCAGCCGUUCAACUCUGGCAUCAUUAGACCAAACUUCGACAACAUUUUCUGCUGGUUCGCAGUCGGCAAGUCGCUCUGGAUCUACUUCUACUCAUGGGUGUCCCUGGUGCUGUUGACAAAUAUCGUCUUCUUCGUGCUGGUGAUGAUCAUUCUGAUCAAGGGACACAGGAAUUCGAUGCUUAGGCGGAGUCGUGAAGUGAAUCGAGAAAGGAUGUGGCUGUACGUGAAGCUGUUCCUGGUGAUGGGGGUGACGUGGAUCGCAGAGGUGGUGUCCUACCAGCACGGCAAGUGUGCCGAAUGGAUGGCUAUCGACAUCAUCAACACACUGGAAGGCUUUACUCUCUUCCUAGUCUUCAUUCUCAACCGGAGCACGUUACGUAAGAUCCGCGAGAGGUGGGGCUGCGGUGCCUCCCCUAAUGUUCGCUCCCCAACCACCACAUUCACCUCGAGCUUUUCCACCACCUCCUCCUUCCACAGCAGAAAGCUGGGCAGCAUCAUGUCCACCCAUGGCGAUUCAAAGUACCUAAGCAACACUUCGAACUCUAGAGCCACGGAGAUGAGAGCUAGGUACCCUCUGAACACCUUGAGUGAAGCGUCAAACGAGUCUCCCCAAGCUGAGUCAACAGGAUACGACUCAAACACAGAGGACGGUGAAACUUCGCGCCUCAACAGGGGCAACGAAGAGACACCGGCCAUCUAGCAAUGAGGGUCUGCGCCUCAGAAUUUAACAUGACUUUCCUUAGGAGGUUUAUGACAUUUAACUCAGAAGAGGGUUUAACAUGUGUCUCAUCCUUGUCUUCCUCUUCCUCCGUUUUCACUAACGUACUCCUCCUCCUCCUCCUCCUCCUCCCCCUACUACUACCUCUUCUAUUACUACUUCUAAUAAUAAUCACAUGUUUUUUUCCAUCUGUUUUUGCUGCUGCUCCUCGCCCUCAUCCUUGCCCUCAUCCUGCCACACCUCUGUUCUAUUCGGUGAAGAAUUUGAGGUAGUCUUAAAAGUGAUAAGAAUAGGUGGUGAUGAUGAUGAAAGAAUAGAGAAAACAGACGAAUGAUGUAUAAUUUAAGUGUACGCCUUUAUCUCCCUCUCCUCAGUGCUUUACUUACUAAUAAAACCCAGAAAGCAA